AGCAGGUGGCCUUUCUAACACAGACUAGCCAAGUCCUGGGCACUGGACAUUCCCGGAAAGCUCAGCGCAUGAAGGUCUCCAUGGAAACGUCUGUCACGGCCACGUUGAAAGGGUAAGAAGUGAAAGCUCUUAGUAGGUUCCGCAGUAGAGACACCAGAGGACUGAGGGGACGGGAGGAGUCUAGACGGUGGAAGACAACAAAGACGCUUCAGUAUGUUCUAGAGAGGAGGUCACCCAUGAACAACAACCAUGGAGGGGAACAUGAUUACAACAGCGGGGACCGGAACCGGAGCUCACUCUGUAACCAUGGAAACAGGUCGCACUGGCACCCCGGACCUCCAGGUUCUGACCCACAGAGUGAAGCUUCUAGAGCACAGCCUGAGAGACAACGUCAGCUCCUUCACUGAGUCUGAGAGCGCUCUGCACAGCAGGAUUAGAGAGUUGGAGGUGUCAGAACAGAGCCUGCUACAGAAGGUGGAGGACCUUACUUCCAACUCAGUCCUCCACUGCCCCAGCAUGCUGCAGCGCCAGAGGCUGGAUGAGCGGCUCCACACGCUGAGGGAGGAGGUACGCUCCAUGUCCCAGGAGAAGGAGCGUGGGGAUCGUGUGUGGAGGGAGAGGCUGCGGCGCUGCCAGGCCCAGCUCAGGGCUAAAGAAGAGGAGAUGGGCCGCCAGUCUCAGUACUUUGAGCACUUUAAGAGCCAGCUGCACCACAAGCUAGGCCUGGCCAGAGACAGAGAGCAGGGCCUGCAGACCAGACUCCACCAGCUGGAGCGACCGGUGCUGGAGAUGAACGUAUCUGCUGCCACCUACAUAGCCCCUGUCAACACAGCGAGCACCAACUCCGUUACUGCAGACAAUGUCAAGUCCAUCAUGGUACCAACCUCAGGCCAACAGAGAACAGAGACAGAGAGACUGCCCAACCCAAGGGAGGAAGGAGAAGGAGAGGAGGAGGACGGUGAGGAGAAGACACAGCGGAGACGCUACGGACAACAGCUCCAGCAGAAGCAGGGAGCGGAUGAUAGAGAAAUAGAGGGAGAAAGAGAGGGGGAGGAAGGGGAAGAUGGUGAGAGUCUGGGGGGUGAGGCUAGACUGAGAAGCUUCAUCCUCAGCCUCCAGGAGGACCUCAGGGUUCUCCUGGAGAGGGAGGAGCAGGGGCUGGCGGAGCAGAGGGGGCUGAUGGAACAGUUGGAGGAAGCGCAGGAGAACAACCACUUCUUGUCCUGUACGUUGGAGGAGAUGAGGACGGUGGUCCACAGACUGAAGCUGACCGAGAGCUCCCUGAUGGAGGAGGUGGAGGAGCUGCAAGAGGAGAACCAGAGACUGUGUCAGAGGCUCAGCCACACUCUGAGACAGACCAACCACAGCCUGGGUUCUACUGACCCCAGACCUGUCUCUACCCCCAGCCUGGCUACCUCCCUGCCAAACACCUCUGGCCUGGGUCAACCAGUUCCCUGCUCUGUGAACAACACUGACCCGGUGAAGAUGAUCCCAGGCCAGUCUUCACUAGACACAUACCCCUCUGCUCAACACCAUGGAGCAACAGAGAGGUCGCAGGAAAACUCCACUCUGCCUCUGCCCCAGCCGGACCUCCUGAACCUCUCAGGCCACCGUAGCCAGAACCCCGGCCUCAUAUCCCUGGGUACUAAGAGCGUUGAGGGUCUGGGGGAGUUGACCCUGAGGGACUGGUGUCCUGGUCCUGGGGGCUUCCCCUCUCUCAACCUGGCGGAGGGAACAAGCGAGGAGACUGAGGCCCUGAAAGAGGCUUACAGGAGCAUGGGGGGCGACAUGGACUCACUCCGGGACCACACGGACCAGCUGGAGAGCACUCUACGACACACACAGGACCAGCUGCACAGGGUGACCGAGGAGAACGCCCGACUGAAAUGUAAACUCAGGACGCAGGGAGAAACGUGGGCCUGCGAGGGGGAGCAGGGGUCCUCGCUUGUUGGCGAGAGCAUGACAAAUGUCCAGGAAAAUAAGGUGUCAACUCCAAACCUCGUACCCCAGAGUUGCAGAGAGCUCACUGCAACUCCAUAUCAGAAUGAUACUAUCCUAGCCUUAGCCCAGGAUGACCUGUCCCUGUAUGCCUUAGCCCAAGAUGACCUAGCCCUAGCCUUGAACCAGGAGAACCGGGCCCUGGGCAGGCGUAUCCAGGAGCUCCUAGCCCACAUAGAGAGCCAGGAGGGGGAGAGUGAGAGGGAGCUAGUCCAGCUCAGGCUGCAAGUGUCCCUGCUAGAGAGGGAGAGCAGCAGGCUGGAGCAGGAGAACCUGGAGCAGGGAGGUCUCAUCACUGAGCUGACCAGGAAGACUGAGGAUGACCUCAACACUAUCAUAGAGCUGCAGGAAAGACGGGUCGAGAGCGGUCAGCUAGGCCUACAGCAGGGUGACAGUGGUUUGACCACUGAGUCAGAGUCAGAGUGCGGUCAACAGGGUGAGCAUGCGGUCGGCUCAGUGCACGCUCAACAGGGUCAACCCACAGUAGGGGUUGUGACCAGUUUACAAGGUGAUCAGACGCCAGGGUCAGUGAAUAGUGGUGUACCACAGGUUGACCACACGGUUGAGUCAGUGUGUAGUCAGCAGGAGGACCGUUUGACCACGGAGUCAACGUGCAGGCAUAGAGAGAAGAGGGACGAGCUGAUUGGCUAUCUCAGUGAUCUCAAAGAGGAAAGAGAACAGGUAGCCCUCUCACUUAGCAGUCAGACAGAGGAGAAACACCAGCUAACACGCUCCAUGUGGGUUCUGAAAGAAGAACGCGACCAGAUCCAUAAAUCACUCUGCGGUUUAAAAGAAGAGAAAGAACAGCUGACAAGGUCCCUCUGUGGUCUGAAAGAUGAGAGAAACAAGGUGAUGCAGUCAAUGUGUGGUUUAAAAGAGGAGAGAGACCAGCUAGUUCAGUCAAUGUUUGGACUCCAGGAGGAGAGAGACCAGCCAGUUGAGUCAAUGUCUGGACUCCAGGAGGAGAGAGACCAGCUAGUUCAGUCAAUGUCUGGACUCCAGGAGGAGAGAGACCAGCUAGUUCAAUCAAUGUCUGGACUCCAGGAGGAGAGAGACCAGCAAGUUCAGUCAAUGUCUGGACUCCAGGAGGAGAGAGACCAGCUAGUUCAGUCAAUGUCUGGACUCCAGGAGGAGAGAGACCAGCUAGUUCAGUCAAUGUCUGGACUCCAGGAGGAGAGAGACAAGCUCUCGCAGUCUCUCUUCGGCCAAAAAGAUGAGAGAGACCAGUUGAUGCAGUCAUUGUGUGGUUUAAAGGGACAAAGAGACCAGCUAACACAGACACUCAGCCGUCUAGAGCAGGAAAGAGACAGGCUGUCAUCUCUCAGCCUUCAAACACGAGAGCGGUACCAGGUGGACCAGUUUGUCUCUGAUCUAAAAGAAGAGAAAGAGCAGCUAGUUCAGUCAAUGGAUGUUCUGAGAGAACAGAGAGAACAGCUCACAGAGGAGAGAGACCAGUUGCAGAUGGACGUCGCUACUCUACGGUAUCAGCUGCUGUUACAGGGGCGGAGCCACAACCAGCAGCCCUCAGAGAAACACGUUGGCAAGGCAACACGCACAGAGGUUGUGGCUACAGAGAGAGGGGGUCAGAUGCCAAAAAUGCAUGAUGAUGGUGAUGUCACUCAUAGAUGUCUGGCCAUGGUCUACUCCUACAAGACCAUCCGUCUGGCACGGUCUGCACAGGACCACUUGGGAGAAAAGGAGGGAACAGAUAUGGAGCAGAGUGAACUGAUGAGGGAGAUCGAGUCACUGGGGUUAGAACUCAGAAGCUCACGAGAGGUACUGAAGAAGACCCAAUCAGAGGCUCAAAGGUGGUACCGUGAGCUGGGUGUGUCUGAGGUCAGACGAGAGGAGGCUGAGAAGAGGGCGGGAAAGGCAGCCAAUAAGGUGAAGGGGAUGAGAGAGGAAACCAAGGAGGUGGAGAAGACAAAGAGGGAAAACCACACACUGAGAGCAGAGUUGGGAGAGGUGAAGAGCAGACUAUUGUGUCUGGAGAGAGAGAAGACCGAUGCUCACUCACUGAGGAUCAAGAUCCAAGAGAAGUUCAGCUUGCUUCAGGCUGAACUCAAAGCCAAGAGUGUUGCUCUGAAGGAGCUGAGUUCAGAGUACACAUCUCUGAAGGGAGAGCAGGGCAGCAGAGAGGACUGGAGCAACACACUCACCUUACUGAGGGUGCGCUAUGAUGACAUCAGAAAUAAGUACAAUGUUCUCCUGAGAAAGAGUCAGACGGAUCUGGACAUAGCUCCUCUAAAGGCCAAGCUGUCAUGUCUGGUGGUGAAGUGCCAGCAGAGGAACAGUCUACUGGUGCAGUUGAUGCGAGCCCUGCGUCGGUAUGGCUGCCUGGACUACAAUCUGACCCAGGAGGCGGAGGACCUGCUUAAUGACACAGCACUGCAGGACUACGCCAGCACCUUCACACCCCCAUCCACUGCAGCUCUGCAGGAGAACACACACCUUCUCCCACCUGCAGCCUCAGAACGACCAGAGUGCUCACAGACCUCUGCUGCAGCCUCCGCAGCACAGGAGCUGAGUAAAGCUGUGUCUGAAGGCAGUAGGAGGGAACACUUCAGAGUGUGUGUGGCCACAGCAGACUACUGCCCCUCUCCGAACAUGCCUCACACUCUACUGCCAAUGCUGCCCCUUUCUGCGGGUGAAUCAGUCCAAGUCACUGGACUCCCAGACAGACAUGGGAUGUACCAUGCCGAGUUGAAAGGGGAGUCUGGCCUGGUCCCUGCCCGUUUCUUAGAGGAGAAUGGGAGACCACUCAUCCUGACUUCCCCCUCGCCAGAGAGAUGUGCCAGUCUGACAAGGAAGCUGACCAGUCCAGGGAAGAUAAUCAACCUUCACCAGCAGUUGCAGAACACUCUCUCCAACAGCUACCAGGUUUUCCCUUCCAAGACCAGCCCCCAGGUUUACUCCAGUCCCCCUCCAGGACAGGGGUACUCCCCAGGAUACCCCAACCACAACCCUGCUGCCCCCAACCGACCCAAGCAUACCCUUGUAGCAACUACCCCUAUUAUUACUAGUACUAGUCUCCUAUCUGCCACUGCCCCCACUAAAACUACCAGUGAUGGUGCUACCUCUUCUAAGCAGACCCCAAACAGAGCACAUCCAACUACCAGCCCUCCUGUCUACACCACCACCACCACUACUGCCCUUAGUAGUGGUAAAGAACCCCUCUCUAAAACUGGCUCUGCUGCUGCUACCUCCAAUGUUACAACCCCUGUUAAUACCCCUCCUACCGCUCUGGCCCGGACUGUUAAAGCACAAACUACCACUGCCUUGUGGAACACUGCUCCCACCAAAUCUGCCCCUCCACCUAUUACCGCUGGAACUACAGCCCCCACCAAAAUGGCCCCCAUCACUACUGCUCUUCCCCUUGCUGAGUUGUCACGACUGCCUGAUGAGGACCAUUGCAUCAAGAAGCCCCUCUCCAACCUCCAGCCUGAACAAGCUAAACCACCCAAACCCAGAGCUAUACCAGAACCUCCAGCUGAGGUGAGCUCUGUUGAGGUCAUCAGGACGGUGGGACAGAGCAGCCUCAUGAUUGGUUGGGAGAGACCGCCACUGGAUGAGCUGGGCUGCAGCAACGGAACUUUUGUGUAUGGAUACAUGAUCUAUGUAGAAGGGGAGUUCCACAAGUCUGUCAUGAGCUCUGCAUGCACGAAGUGUAUUCUGGAGAAUCUGGAUCUGUCCGGCCCGGUCCACAUCAGUGUUCAAACCCUGGGCUCCAACGGUCUCUAUGCGGAGAAGGUCCACCUCAUCUACAGGGGAAAACACACCCAGUUUAGGACAGUUCAUACCCGUGUCAACACAGUUUCUGCUGCUCCCUGCACAGACCCUGCCUACCGAGACUGCAGGACUCCGCCCACACACCGACACAAUGGCUCCACCCAACCACUUGUGGCCAUCUACAACUACAACCCUCUGAAGGACAGUCCUAACCUCCACCCCAGCAGAGAGCUGGCCCUGAGAGAGGGAGACACCGUCAUGCUGCUAGGCAACCCACGCAACGACGGCUUCUGUCAGGCCGAGGUGAAUGGCAGACGAGGUCUGGCUCCUGUGGCGUUACUAGAGGAAGUUCCUGUUCCAGACAGACAUGUAAGCUCCGCCCCUCCCCAAUCUUCUCCUGAGAGAGGAGCAGAUGAUAGGCCACUGUGCCUGCCAAUCAGAGAGAGAACAAGAUGGGCCGCUGUGACUGUCAAUCAGUGAGAGAACAAGAUGAUGGGCCACUGUGGCUGCCAAUCAAAGAAUGCUUACCUGCAGAGAGAUUAUAGUGGCCAGAGUUAAUGACAUCGUCAAACACUGCCUGCUUGUGACACAAACGUUCAUAACCGCUCGCUGCCCAAAGUAAUUUGAAAUGGAAGGCUACAGUAGAGCAUCAGCUUAAAUGUGGGAAGUUGUGUGGCCCAGUUUGACAUUGUGCUUCGAUGGACAGUUCCUUAUAGCCUACAUAAUACUCACUGAGAUUGUCGAAUCACCUCUAACUGUCACCUCUAUCAAAAUCCCCACUGUUCUGUGUGUAAUCUCUCAUGGACAGACGCACGUAAUAUAGCUGGUAUUGUAGUGUCUGUCAACAGACUGUGGGAUGUGAUGACUAUCAAGGAACUUGAUCAGUGAUUUUUUCAUCACUGAUAAUUUUGGACAAAUCACGAUUUCGCAUCUUUCGAAUUUCGGAAGGGGAGGGGACAUUUGGCCCAUAGACUUGCCUGUAACUUGCAAAGGCGGGUGGAGCUACUGCCCUGCUUCCGCUUCUUGCUCUAGUCUCUUUUCAAACACAUCUUCCCCCAGAAAAUAAUUGAGUAUCUAACUCAAUUAUGCAAGAUUGUAAUUCUGGGUUUCCAAGAUUAUUCUGUAUGUGACAAGUGUCAAAAAGGUCAAAGGUUGGCCUAAUGGAUCUGACAACCUGUCUGAUAUCAAGUGCAUUCAUGGUAAUAAAGCUAGGCCAUUUUACUGGAUCCUUUAUCAAGCCAAAUAGGAUAAAAAUAGGUCCAUACCAAAGACUUGGAUAUUUCAGUUCUUUGUUGUUAUACACUGAACAAAAAUAUAAAUGCAAAAGGUAAAGUGUUGGUCCCAUGUUUCAUGAGUUGAAAUGAAAGAUUCGGGAAAUGUUCCAUUCACAUAAAAAAAUCAUAUCUCUCUAGUUUGGUGCAGAAAUGUGUUUUACAUCCCUGUUAGUGAGCAUUUCCCUUUUGGCAAGAUAAUCCAUCCACCUGGCAGGUGUGGCAUAUCAAGAAGAUGAUUAAACAGCAUGGUCAUUACACAGGUGCACCUUGUGCUAGAGACAAUAAAAGGCCACACUAAAAUGUGCAGUGUUGUCACACAACGCAAUGCCACAGAAGUCUCAAGUUUUGAGGGAGCGUGCAAUUGGCACAGGAAUGACCACCAGAACUGUUUCCAGAGAAUUCAAUGUUUAAUUUCUCAACCAUAAGCCGCCUCCAACAUUGUUUUAGAGAAUUUGGCGUGCGUUUGUCAAUGUUGGAGGGUGGGAUUAUGGUAUGGGCAUGUGGCGGCGGUGUUAUAGUAUGGGCAGGCAUAAGCUACGGACAACGAACACAAGUGCAUUUUAUCUAUGGCAAUUUGCAUGCACAGAGAUACCGUGACGAGAUCCUGAGGCCCAUAGUUGUGCCAUUCAUCCGCCGCCAUCAUCUCAUGUUUCAGCAUGAUAAUGCACAGUCCCAUGUCGCAACGAUCUGUACACAAUUCCUGGAAGUUGGAAAUGUCCCAGUUCUUACAUGACCUGCAUACUCACCAGACAUGUCACCCGUUGACCACGUUUGGGAUGCUCUGGAUUGACGUGCACCACAGUGUGUUCCAGUUCUCGCCAAUAUCCAGCAACUUUGCACAGCCAUUGAAGAGGAGUGGGACAACAUUUCACAGGCCACAAUCAACAGCCUGAUCAACUCUAUGCAAAGGAGAUGUGUCACGCUGCAUGAGGCAAAUAAUGGUCACACUGGUUUUCUGAUCCACUCCGCUACUUUUUUAAAGGUAUCUGUGCCCCACAGAUGCAUAUCUGUAUUCUCGGUCAUGUAAAAUAAAUAGAUUAGGGCCUAAAUAAUUUAUUUCAAUUGACUGAUUUCCUUAUAUGAACUGUAACUCUGUAAAAUCAUAGAAAUUGUUGCGUGCUGCAUUUCUAUGUUUGUUUAGUGUAUUUACAAAAGCCAAUCAUGGUUGAUCAUGGUUGUUCAUCGAAUCAUGAAUUUAAUUGAGGUCUGAGAUAUUCUACUGUAGAAUCGAAUCACUCGAUGAAGUCAAGUCAUUCAGAUGGAUAGAAAUUUGUCACGGAUAUAUAUUUUUUGAGAUGAUUGAAGAACCGGAGGUAUGCCAUUGGGAUGAACAGUACUGUAUGGGUGCCUGUGGAUGUGGGUAUCGGUCUCCUGUCAUUUCCUCAGUCUCUGUCUACAGUCUAACUGAAGUUAAUAACCUUUUACUUUUCUGUUCUGAUCUGAAAUGGAGAAAAUACAUUCUGUGUGAGACACAUGACUACUACAUACUUGUGCCUCCUCUGAUUGUGGGAACGGCCAUGGGGCCACAAAUGUAUUUCUGUAUCACUCUGUGCAUAUGAUGUCAUUUGAUUUCCUAAUGAUUUCUUUAGACUGUAUGAAGAGAAUAAAUGUUUAGAUGACAUCAGA